AUGUCAAAUAACAGCGAGUACGCCUGCAGAUUGGUAUACAGGAACACUCUCGAUACAGGGAUACCCUUCCAUCAACAGCUUUUCAAACCGGACACAACGAUAUAUUUAGCUAGUGUACCCGCAGAACUUUUGACUCAAGAUGCAUGUACCGCAGAGAUAACACAACGUCCGGUGCUAAUAGGGGACACACUUCAAAUCUACGAAGAUUGGGCCUAUGUGUACCGCGAUAACAGAAAGGUUGCAGCACAUCGAUUGAAAAUUUUGCAAGCCAGAUCUUACGUCGAGAUAGGAAGGCACAUAUCGAAUAACAGACAAAGCUAUGGGCAGAUAGAUAUCUUCGUGGUCCGAUACCAGUUAGGCAAAGGUCCCAAGUACAAAGAUUUCCGCGAAGUUCCAUGGAAUCCUACUAUGCUUGCUGUUGACGGGAUCAGUAGCAUCAUACUACAAGCAAGAUUCGUCUACCACACCGUCCCACGCGACAAAAUGCCACUAUAUGCCGGAGGAUACUCGUGCAGAUUCACUCACACCGCUAACGAGGCGACAUCCGUUCCAGAGAGGGAUAUAACUGUAAGCGCUGAUGGGAAAUGGGCUGCAUGUAAAGUUCCUCCGGAGCCAAUAUUCAAGCAGAUGUGCGCGCUCAAGCUCGACAGUUGCCCCACCUCGCGCGACCUCGUGCUUCCGCACAAACACGACCGCGUCUUCAUUUUCGAGAAUGGAUUAUUGACAGGACAAGCCGACUUCGAGAUGUGCGGACGUAGCAAUUUCCGUGUCAGCACAGGAGUCACUGUCAACUAUAACGAGGUUGCAGUCCCAAGGGACUAUGAGUAUAUCAUUGACAUCGUCAUCAUUAGCUAUGGCACCAGAACGCCCAUAUUGUCUUUGGGCAGCGAGAACACAUUGACCAGGUUCGCUGCCCGAUUCACUUUCCGGGCGGAUAGGCGUGAGUCCAAACUAGACCGCAUUGUGACCCACAUAUUAACAGGUUUCGGUAUUGAAUUUACAGCCAACCGCGCUAUGACCAUGGAGGCGCAGAGAGAAGAGGAAAUGUCUAGAAACUGGGUACCAAUCACCCGCAGAAAUCCUGCAAGAGAGGGUCAAGAACAGAUCCGAACUUUCGAAACAGGUAAAGGCGCAUAUACGUCCGAAUCUACUGAAAUGGAUUCAUUGACUAUCCCUAGGGUCACGCCCGUCAUUAACGAGGUGACGAGUACCCCAAGACCUGACCUGAAAACACCGGUUCUGGCUUGGAUAUCUCAGCAGCAAAGGUGA